AUGACUGUUCCAGCGACAACGACGUCGUCGACGGCCUCGGCGCAGGAGCCCUCCGACUGGCAGGCACGCGGCGCGGCCAAGCGGAAGCAGCGCGAUGCGGCGAUCCCAGCGGCGUGGCGACUGAGCGACGAGGUGUUCGCAUCACUGCAGAUGCCGCUGGAGAGCAACGCCAACAAUGUCCUGGACGUGCCGCGCCGGAGCGGCAUCCUGAGCGAGCGCGAGCUGCACAUCACGGAGGGGUACGACGUCAGGGGCCUACUCGCAGGGCUGGCGGGCGGGGAGAUGACGGCGGUGGAGGUGACGGCUGCGUUUAGCAAGCGGGCGGCCGUCGCGCAGCAAGUUACCAACUGCCUCACCGAGAUGUACUUUGCCGACGCAGAGAAGCGGGCGCGCGAGCUCGACGCCAUGCGCGAGGGUGGGCAGCUGGCUGGCCCGCUGCACGGCCUGCCCAUCAGCAUCAAGGACUCGUUCCAGGUGGCCGGGUCACAGGCGACGAUUGGCAUCGUGGGGUUCCUGGACCGGACGAGCGAGGCCAACUCGGCGCUGGUGGAGAUGCUGCUUGGUCUGGGGGCGGUGCUGUACUGCAAGACGAACGUGCCGCAGACCAUGAUGACAUGCGACUCGCAGAACAACGUGUUUGGACGGACGCUGAACCCCUUGAAUACGAGCCUCGGGGCGGGAGGAUCGAGUGGCGGCGAGGGUGCGCUGGUUGCGAUGCGCGGGUCCCCUCUCGGCGUUGGGACUGACGUAGGCGGUUCUGUUCGCAUCCCGGCGUUGUGCUGCGGCACGUACGGCUUCCGGCCCACGACAGGGCGCAUCCCCUACGGCGGACAGGCGCGAUGCGUUACCGCCGGCCUCAAGCACAUCGUGGCGUGCGCGGGCCCGCUGGCCAACGACAUGGACAGCAUGGGCAUCUUCCUCAAGACGGUCAUCGACGCCCGCCCCUGGCUCCACGACGCAACGGCAAUCGACGUGCCAUGGCGGGACGUCUCGCAAGAUAUUGCAGGACGCAAGCUCCGCCUAGGCCUCCUGGCCGAGGACCCAACCUACCCCCUGCACCCUCCCGUGCGCAAGGCCCUCGCCGAGGCGGUGCGUCUCCUCGAGGCGGCAGGCCACGAGGUGGUGCGGCUCACGGCGGAGGAGUGCCAGACGGCGCGGGCGGGGCAGGUCGCGUGGCAGUGCUUCUCGCUCGACGACGCGCCGUCGCGGGCGGUGGAUGCGUCGGGCGAGCCGGCGAUCCCGUCGCGCGUGUGCACGCUGGAGCGGCUGCGCGGCGUGGACAUGGGCUUCGUGGCGGACCUGCCGCCCAGCAGCGGCGACGACAGCAACGGCGGGCUGAAGCGGCUGGCGGCGCUCAACGUGAAGCGGCAGGAGAUCGAGGACCGGUGGAGGCGAGUCUGGGUCGAGCGCGGGCGGCUCGACGGCGUGGUGGCGCCGGCGGCGCAGAACACGGCCGUGGAGCACGACGAGUUUGGCAUCCCGCCGUACACGAUGCUGCUCAACGUGCUGGACUACCCGGCGUGCGUGAUACCGUUUGCAAAGGCGGACGAGUCGACGGCGGGAGAGGCGUUUGAGCUGGCGAGCGGGCAGAGCGGGCCGCAGUAUCGCCCGGAGCGGAUCCGCGGGGCGCCGUGCUCGAUCCAGGUCUUCACGUCGACGAUGCGGGACGAGGAGUGCUUCGAGGUGGCCAAGCUCGUGGACGCGUGCGUGAACGGGAAGGCAAAGUAA